AACGUCAGACGGACGUUUGGAAAAGAAGCGCGAGUUGGUGUGGAAAUAACAACAAACAGCUCUACUCCGAGUUUCUCUUCGCCAACUAAGAAACAGAAGAACGUAAUUUAUAUCAGAAUGUCGUUACUGAAGCCAUUUAGUAAGCUGCCCGGUAUAAACAGCGCGAACAUACUGGUGAGUUUGUGUUUUAUUUGUUCAAACUUUCGAAGAAGACUGGGUUUGGUUUUCACUGAUUUCAAAACAACAGAGGGGCAGUUCAACAACUGCACGGAGCAGGAUAUUAAAUCUACAUUAAAUCUAUAUUUUUAAAUCAACCUGACUUCUUCUGACACAUUGUGGCCACUGAAGCAUAAACACAUGAUCUUCUAGGGUCUGGUUUUCCUUUUUUAUUGUGUCAACGUGUUCUAUUGCAAAAUGUUAUAUCUCCGAUUUGUGCUGACUUUUGUAUUUUUUCUCUUUAGUUGGUGGAGUUUGAGGAGACGUUUCAGCAGAGUUUGGCAGAUGCUCUGGUGGAAGAGACUGCUGUCACUGUAAAUGUGUGAGUAGUGCUGAAGUAAGCAAGCUGUCACAGGACAGAGCACACAGCUAGAAACGCUGCCCACAGAGUUGAGAUGAGAACUAGACUUUUUAUUAUUAUUACCUCUAUUGUUAUUUUUAUUUAUUUUGUAAAUGUAGUUUUUUCAUCAAUGCAACUUCACCAGCUUGUUUUUGAAAUCAGUCAUUUGGUGUUUUGUUAUCAAAUCCCCUUAUUUCAUUGCUUUAUAAUCCAUGAGGGAUUUUUUAAAGAGUUAGUUCAACAGUGAUGCUGCAUUUGCAACCUCCACUGUCAUGCAAGCAAGUAAAUCUCACAUGAAGUAGUUAUUAUAAUGCUGAAAACUCUGUUCUACCAUCUUACUUGGAAAUUAAAGCUAUAGCUAAAUCAUAGAUGUAUUGUGUUGUAUUCACCGGUGUAGAGGGGUAUCAAGUCAUAAUACCAUCUUGAGUUGCCUUGCACAGUGAAAACCUGCAGGUCCAUCUUUGUCUUGUAGAUCUGUAAAUCCAUGAUCUGUGAAUUCCAUUAUACGCUUGGUUCGUAACAUAUAUCAUUCCGCCUAAAAUAAAAAAAACUCAUUGCGCCAACUUAGGAGACUAGCAAAGAGUCUACCACUGCCCAAGGAGAAUGAGGAGAAUCGUCCAAGGAUUGACCUGGUGGUGUUUAUCAUCAACCUGACCACAGAGCUCAGGUAAGCUUCAGAUCUGUGUGUUUUCAUUCUUAGAUUUGUCAGCAUUUAUCUCCCACCUGGGUGCACAAAUGAAAGAGCAUUUUUCUUCUUUAGUUUUAUUUCGCUUGAAUGAAACUCAAUAAUAUUCACUGAUGCACUAUCUGAAAGCAAAAACUUCUUCCCAAAAACAUUUGCCUUGAGCCCAGUGUCACCAGAAUCAACACAACAUGAAAACUCUCCACAUCCUCUUUAAAGGGAUAUUCCAGCGUAAAAUUAAUUUAGGGUCAAACACAACCUUAACAUCUAGUUAGACACCCCCUCGAGAGAUAAAUGUGGUGUUUUGGUUGAGGUUUGUUUAUGGCUCCUCAGACAGCUGUGUAUUGCUAUUGUGCGGUCGUUACUAAAGUUGGUAUAACUAGAGAAGCAAGCGGUUGUCAACAUUCAUCCCUGGAGGGGUUGUCUAACUCAGUGUUGUGGUGUGUUUGACCCUAAAUUAAUUUUACGCCAGAAUAUCCCUUUAACAUUAGUAUAAGUUUCUGCUUCUUUUCUGUUGUUCGAUCUGUUCUCUAUGUUUUUGGGUUAUCUUUACUAUUCAUGGCUGUAAUAAUACAAAAAUAGUUCAGACACACUAAAACAUUGUGGUUUUGUUUUGUUAUAGCUUCCAAUCAGCAGAGGCGUCUCUGAAGUGUUUGGACUCUGGAUUUUUUCUUGGAAAAGUCUGCUUCAUGGUCACUAAUGGUACAGUGCAGACUUCCUCUUCUUUAAAAAUGUUAAAUCCUUAAAAAUAGAACAAAACAGGCUAAAAAAGGGGCAGAUGAAUAUAUAAAUAUGUAUGACCGGCCUCUCACUGUUGGGAAAUGAGCAACAUCCAGCUCAGUGUUCCCAGCUGUCUCCAUCUGACCGGCUGACCUCUUUUGUCAUUUGUCUGUUGUAGCUCGUAAUGCUUCGGUUCCCACAGAGCGCCUGGACUCUGUAAGAAAGCUGGCUGCAUCACUCCACUGCCCCUUACUCUUCGCAGAGGAUCAGGUCUGUAUCAUCUUCGAUUUAAGACUUUGUGAGCAAGAAAUAAAAAGUCUGUAAAUGCUGACAUUAUAAACUCGAGUAGUUCUGCGACAUUGCACAAAGGCAGCUGUCAGAACAGAGUAUCGAGAAAGCUUCAUUCUUGUGCCAAAUGCAGUAUUAGUUAUCAGAGCUGCGAGUUACUUUGCUUCAUUAGCAGUUCAUCUCUGCCACACAUUACGCCUGUUUAAUGUUAGAAAAAGUCAGCACAAUUUAGUUUUUCUGUUUUAGAAAUGACAUUGAUGUGAUUUGAUUAUAAAAAGAAAUCCAUUUUCAUUCAGUCUUUUCAAGUUGUGAACCGCAAGGGCACAUUCAAGUGCAGUUCAAAAAAUGAAAAUAUUGUUGAAAAGUUGUUUUGUUUCCCCAUAAUUUCUUACGUUUGCUAUUUAUUUGAAAUAUUUUGAGGCUUUUUUAUUUUUCUUAAGACAAUUUUGCCUUGAGGUUCAAAAAGUAGAAAUUCAGUACCUCACUUAUUAUUUUCUAAGCCCAAUCAAAUAAGAAAGGUUUGAACUGCAGCAAUAUUCAACUUUGUGAUCUAUUUUUCUUACAUAAGCUCAUAAACCAAUCUUUUAGUAUAUCCACCCGUGAAAUAUGUAAACAUUGUGAUUCAUGUGAUACACAGAAAUAUGUUCAGUAUAAAUCUUACCUUUACUACUGAUGCACUCUGCAAUCCAGGGUUAACUGAAUCGAGUCCAAACCUAAAGCCUGGAAAAACUUUUGUUAUUUGCCUACCUCUCACUGUACACCCACUUUCUUUUGCUAGUUCAUGCUUAUUUGUUUUUUAAUGCAAUGGUACUGAUUAUAAAAUGGCAACAAGGGUAAAAUGUACUUACUAUAAGAGACCUCAUUGACUGGCAGAUAUAAUUUUUAAUGAAAUUUUAACAUUUUAAAUUGAUAUUUUCAAUUGCUUACAGAAUUGUCUUUAACCAUGCAGGGUUUUUGAUAGCAACUUUCAGCUAAUCUGUAUUCACGGGUCAAGUCUUUCUCAUCUUCUUCUGGUUUAAAUGUCCUAAAGAUUCUCUGUGGAGUUUCAGUCAGGCAAGUCGGCAAGCCAAUCAAGCACAGGAGUGUCAUGAUGAGCAAACCAUAAAGUAAUAGUUUUAGUGCUGUGGGCAGGUGCUAAGUCCUGCUGGGAAAGGAAAUCAGUAUUAACAUAAAACUUGUUAAUGGACUUGACAAUCACACUAACACACUCAUAAAAAAACUGCCCUAUGUUAUAGAAUUAUAGCUGGAAAGAGCUUAAAGCAAUGUUACACAAUAAAAAGGUAAAAACGUGCAUUCUAUAUGGUAUGUGAAAUCUUCCUACACAGUCUAGAAUUUGACUUAAGAUCGUAAAUGUUUGUUUUAGCUGAUUUUGGAUCAUUAUGCUGUUGUUGACAUGAAAAUAGAGAAUGUAUUUCUCCAGAGUGUCUCAUUUAAAGUGAUUCCUGUGUGAUAUUUCCCCACAGACACCGGCAGGUGUGACUAAUGCUGCAGAGAGGCUCCUGACCAUCCUUAAGGUGACGGCAGGCCUUGUUCCCAUGACGACCGCUCUCUACCUGUCCAACCUGACUCGCUGCACUGUUCCCCCAGACAUCGACCAGCCGACCUUUGACUAAUUCGUGUGGCUGUUUCUUGGGACUUUAUAUAUUUAUUGUUGGUCCAUAAAAAUUGGCUCUCCAACCUGUUCGCACUUCACUUGUUUCCUGUCUGAGUAUAUAUAAAUAUUUGUGGUUCUGCUUUUUCUACCUUCUCCCUCCACAAAUGUCAUGUUUCAAAGUUCUAAUUGGUCUUUAAAGCAGGUUUAGUUGUACCUCUUAUAGCAGAGAAGAAGACCUCAUGAAUGGUUACAAUGAGGAGAUUAAUUAACAACUUUUUGUGCUGAGAUGUAAAGAGCAAUGCCGGCCUUUUCCACACACAAUCCAGCACGUCAAAGCAGGAGCAGAUGUAUUAAUAAUACAUUUGAAUUGAAUAUUCCCUCAGAGGAUGAUGGUCAUCAUUGCACUGUCAUAUCUACUGGGAAACUAUAAAGCAGAGGUAUCGUACGACCAGAUGAAAUGAUCCUAAGAACAUUUCAACACUUUCUCUGCUGCAGGGGAUUUUAAACAGUGCAGUGACCUUUGACGCAAACUUUAAGCAACAGUUACUUGUGGAUUUGCUUAAAGAUUAAUUUUACAUGAUUAUUGUUUUAUUAAAGAAUUAACCUCACCCACAAAUGCCCACUCUUCAGACCUAUGAUACACCCAUAACAGUGAUUUUGAUGAGGAUUUAGGCAAGUUCAUCUCUUUGCAUGUUCACUGCUACCAGUGGAGUCUGGUUUGAUGUCAAGCACAGCUCUGCCAACUUCAACCUAAAAAGGCAAGUUUGUUUGUAAAGCACCAUUCAUGGCGAUUCAAAGUACAGAUGCAAGGAAAUAUAUUGUAAAUGGAAAAAAAGGAGUUUAAAAUGAUAGAAAAUCAAAAAGACAAACAGUUUCUUUUUUCAUCUAUUCCAUGUUUAUCCUUACUAUUUGUGAUAAUAAAUAAUUAGCCCAAGUCUCCAAGACUUGACAGGUCCCCAAGACCUCAGUGUACAGUGGGUCACUGACCCGGAGCCCCCCAGCUCUCUACCUGUCCUUCCCAUUUCAUUAGUUUGGUCCCAGUUUGGUUUUAUUCCCCUGAGAAACAUGGAACAGAGGAAGCAUUUGUCAACUUAAAAUCAAUAAAAUAUUGAAAUGUAAGUUAAAAUCAUUAAAACUGUUAAAAAUGACAGAACAGCAAAUAUCAAAGUAAAAGGAAUUCACACUAGGAAAUAGUAAAGUUGCAGUAAACAUUCAUGUUUUCAGUCCUGAUUUCACAUGUUCUUUCUUUUAUUCAUGUCAUUCAUUACUCUACAGGAAAACUAAUGAUAACUGAAAUUUUUAAGUUAUUUCACACUUAUCAAUUCUCUGCAGAGUAUCUGUCAACCCUAUUUGAACUUGAGGCUCAUGAUACCAAAAUCCACGAUACACGUGUCGGCACGUUUCAAUUGUCAGGCUCCAAAGGGGGAGGGGUGUCCCAAGAGAGGCUUCAUGCCUGGUGUCACGUCUGCAAGCACAAACAAACACUAUUAUUAGUUCAUCAUGGCAAUUAUCCAUCGAAUUAGUUCACAGGAGAGUGGCAGCUCUGACAUGAAGUCACACCAUGACUUAGUAAGAAGGGGUCACUGUAGGUCUGACUUAAGUACGCAGAGAAACUCUUAAUUCUUUAACAUUCAAGUCACUAACAGAAACUCUUGGCCGGGCACUUAACUGAGCACAGUACUAGUCUCCUUACACAAGAAGAUGGCCGAUGUGUUACUGGAGUGUCAUCUUAUGGAUCACACUUGCAUAUUGCGCUGUCAUUUAUUCAUCUCUAUAGGUCAAAGAAAUCUGCAUUGUUCACUGAACGUUUAUGAAACAAUGAAUGUCUUAAUUUCAUUUUAAUAGAUACACAUAGAUAUGUGUGGUGUGUUUAAGUGCUUUUUUGUUCUCUUUGGUUCUUUAUGUUUGUCAUGUGUGGUCACUUAACACAAAGGGGAUAAAAUAUAUCUGCAUUGUUGCUCUCAUA